AUGUUUCUCAUUGCGGACGAGCCCGCGUCUCCGGGUUUGGAACCCUCGGAGGGGUCGCCGCCGCCGCUCUGCCGCCGGGAGGCCUACCUGGACGUGAAUGUGGUUCCGGAGCAGGACAGGGAUGAGCAGCAGGCCGCCGUCUCGCGUCUCCUAGGUCGUCUUCAACCUCCGUUCGGGGGAUUUGAUUCUGCGACUUCCGCUCACAGAGGGUUUGGGGUCUCGCAGGGCGGAUCUCCGAGCUGAAAUCGAAGCAGCGGCACCUGGAAGGGAGGAGGAGGGAGGCCCUGAACAGGAUUCUGGACAUCAAAGGUCGGAAAUCCGAAGACCCAUCCAUAGCUCCAACCCAGAAAUGAUGAUCAUCUCAAACCUGUCUUCUCUUCCAGGUAGUAUUAGGGUUUUCUGCAGGGUCCGGCCGAACAGUUCCUCCACCGUCACCACUGGAUCAGAGAAGGUCACCAUUAGAUCGGCGGGAGCGAGGAAAGACUUCCGGGUGGACAGGGUCUUCCCUCCCGAGGCCACUCAAGGUAAGCCUCUGCAAUUCCACCGGCUUCCGGGCGCCGCCACCCCCAGCUGAGAGUGCCCUCCGGCCGCCGCCGGUUCUUGCAGAGGAAGUCUUCUCCGAGGUCGAGCCCAUAGUCAGAUCCGCCAUCGACGGGCACAGCGUCUGCGUUUUCGCUUACGGGCAGACGGGCACCGGGAAGACCUACACCAUGGUUCUUCUUCUUCUUCUUCUUCUUCUCCUUUUUCUUCUUCUUCUUCCUCUGGUUGGUCUGCAACUGGUUGUGAUUCCGGGCCUCUUCUGUUUUCAGGAAGGGACGGCCCAUCAGCCGGGCAUCGUCCCCUGCGCCAUGAAGCAGCUCUUCCGGGAAGCUUCUUCCAUGGACGACGCAGGCUCGUCCCUCACCUUCUCCAUGAGCAUGCUGGAGAUCUACAUGGGGUCUCUGAGGGACCUGCUGGGCCCUAAGGCAUCCUCCGCCAAGAGGUAGAAGACGAAGGCGACCUCAGAUCUGGAAACCCACUCUGCAUUUCAGAUGACGAACUUGAAAUCCUCAACCUUUCUUCUUCAAAAUCGUCUGAGCAGUCUCAACAUCCAGACCGGAGGAGGCGGGUGCGUGGAGGUCGAGGGCCUCACCGAGGUGCGGGUCGUUGACUUUAAGCAGGCAAGCCACUGGUACGCGAAGGGGAAGAGGGCGAGGACGACUUCCUGGACCAGCGUCAACGAGGCCUCCAGCCGAUCGCAUUGGUGGGUCCUUGAACUGCUUCUGGUUCGUCUCCUCCCCGCCGCUCGAUCUUGGGUUUGGUAAUUAUUUUAUAUGUUGUAGCUUUGGGUGUCCAGUUUAACCAGGAUCGCCGUCGGCCGGCCGGCGAGCGGAGGCGGUGGCGCCGCCAGAGCGGCGGAGGAACUGGUGAGCAAGCUGUGGAUGGUGGAUCUCGGCGGGAGCGAGCGCCUGCUGAAGACCGGCGCAAAAGGGCAGACGAUGGACGAAGGGAAGGCCAUCAAUCUCUCUCUCUCGGCCCUCGGCGACGUGAUCAGCGCCCUGAAGAGGAAGAAGAACCACGUCCCCUACAGGAACAGCAAGCUCACUCAGAUCCUCAAGGAUUCUCUCGGUAGUUCUUCCGGCCCCGAGAAUCUCUCGAUCCAUUUCUCGGAGUAAACCUGAUUGAAUUGAAUCGUUUGUUCUCGGGAUCUUCAGGGGUCGGAUCGAAGGUGCUGAUGCUCGUGCACAUCAGCUCCAGCGAGUACGACAUCGGGGAGACCAUCUGCUCCCUGCUCUUCGCGAGGAGAGCCAGGGGGGUCGAUUCGGGGGAAGAAGCUUCAGAGGUGGUGAUCGUCUCGUUGAUGAUUCUCUUCCUGCGAGGGGUUUUUGCCUCGUCUCUGAAUUAUCAUCAAGGAGCCUGUUUCAGGAGCUGAGGCAGCGCAAGGAGAUGUGCAUCGCAGAGCUCAACUGGGAGAUGAAGGACGCCGAGGAAGGGCUCCAGAAGCUGAGGACCCACCUCCGGCAGGCCGAGGACCAGUUGCAGGAGAAGAAGAAGAAGCUCUUGCUGGAGGGCAGCCCUCCGGCCCGCGACGGAGAUCCCAAAGGGUCGCCGGAAAGCCCCCAGAGCGGCGGCGAUAAGGGAGGAGCGUGCAGAAGUCAUCACCCCAGCUCCUCCCUCCCUCGGUUCAUGACUUCCACUGUGUGCAGCCGGCAGCGGCGGAGCGCCGCCGGAGAGGUGAACGGCAAGGCGAGACCGGCGAGGAUCAAGAACUUGAGCGCCGUGGACUUCUCCCUUUCGCAGUCCCGCAGCCUCCUGGAGCCGCCUUCGAGGUUGAGUUCCUACGGCGGUAAGAGUCGGACGGCGAAGGUGGAAGCUGGAGGAGGAGGAAGGUUCAAGAGCCUGCCUCCCCUCUGCGUCCAAGGAAACCUCAGCUGUAACAGCACGGAUUCCAGGUCCCCCACGCUCGCCAGGAGCCGCAAGGUCUCUGCAACUCCCCUCAGUUGGAGAGCUCCCGUGUCUCUGCACCGGAGAAGGAUGUCUGAUCUCACUUGA